AGAACUGGGACCUUUAUACUAAAUUAGCAUAGGAGACACAAAAAGCUUGUAGGUUAAACUUCACACAUAAACCGAGACACCGCCGCGCCAAAACAAUGAGGAAUGAACAAGCUGUUUUGCUAAAUUAUCUGUUAGUUUUUUGUUAGGGAGCGAUUGCGAUCUACAUUUGACACAGCCUUUUAUUUAUGUUUUUCUCAUACAGCCCACGACAUAUUUAUAUAUCAUUAUUAAAUCUGGCUGGCAGAUUGAUCUUUCGGUUUCACAGAAUUGAAAAACACUUGAUCUUAUUCUGCUAAAAAGCACUGCCAAGUUUCACCACCGACAUCAGUGAUAUUGGACAAAAGUAUAUUGAUUUUCUGAUUUAAAUUUUUGAUGCAGAGAUACACACAAGCAAAAAUUAUAUUCAUUAAAUGUAACUGAAGUGCAAAAAUAAUUCUAUCUGCUCAAUUUUUGUUCAGCUAGUAUUAUCUCUCUUCCCCACACUUCCAGGUAAUUUCAGAGUUAUUGGCAGUGCUUGUGGUCAACCAAUCAGCAAGCUAUCGCUAAGCUCCUCCGCAGUAGUUCAUAUUCUAACGAGAAUAUCUAGUCAAUGUUUGAAUUCAGGGGCUGCAUUUGAAGACCGAAUGUGUCAGAGCGACACAAGGCUGCUCCAUUUGAAAGGCCCCUUCAAAUGCAGCCUUAUUCUCUUGCCAGAAUCCCAAGAUUCAUUGCGUGAACCUUCGAAGGACACAGCCUGCAAAGGGUACUUUUAAAGCCCUAGUCUGGAGUAGGUACUAAAGGGUUCGGGAACUGCCUCAGAGGAAGUACAGUCGGGCCGAGUUCCUGCAAUGUGAACCUGACAGAAGUUCCUAGUUCUGGAAAAAAGUUCUGGUUCUGCGGUGUGAAAACGCCUAUUUACGGCUUCUCUGUGUGUUACUAUUAAGAGUUCUUCCUCUGAUAAUGUUUGUUCUGUAUUUUUGGGUGUAUUUACGGCAUGAACUAUUGAAUGUUAUUGAAUUAUAACCAAAUCUUUUAUUGGAAAACACUGGAUGUCCAACUGGUCUCUCUAGCAGCAGCGGAGAACAGCUUCCCUCUUAGUGGUACCUUUGUCAGAUGUCCCAGUGGGAGAUGUGGUUGGUUUCAUUCUGCUUGUGUCCUCUGCUCGCCCCAUCAGCCCUGGCCACCCAAGCUGGAGUGGAGCUGCGUAGGAAGGGCUCCCAGAUAUCUACAGACACUAUGGUCUCCAACCCCAUGUUUGACGCCAAUGAGUUCCCAGACAACUACGAGUCGGGAAGGGCGGAGGCAUGCGGGACACUAUGCAGGAUAUUUUGUAGCAAGAAGACUGGGGAGGAAAUUCUUCCUGUCUACCUCUCCAGGUUUUACAUGGUUCUUAUCCAGGGUCUUCAGAUCUCCGAAUUCAUCUGCCGCCCUGUGCUGGCCAGCAUUAUCCUUAACUCAUCUGCUCUCUUCUCUUCUGACCUGAAGGGGAUCAAUGCCGUGGUCCCUUACUUUAUCUCUGCACUGGAAACUAUUCUGCCUGAUCGGGAACUGUCCAAGUUCAAGACGUACGUUAAUCCGACGGACCUGAGAAGAGCCUCCAUUAGCAUUCUGCUAUCGAUGCUGCCCCUCCCCCAUCAUUUUGGAAACUUGAAGUCCCAGGUUCUUCUGGAAGGGAAGUUCAGCAACGAUGACAACACGUACCAUGACAAGCCUGUGACAUUUCUCUCCUUAAAACUGCGUCUGAUUAACAUUUUGAUCGGUGCCCUGCAGACUGAGACUGACCCCCACAACACACAGAUGAUUCUGGGUGCAAUGCUGAAUAUUGUCCAGGACUCUGCAGUUUUAGAAUUGACGGGGACCCAGGCUGAACUGGUGCCGCAGGGCAGCGGCGAGAGCUGUCACGUGUCAGCGAAGAGCCACAGCAGGAACAACAGCGGCAUCAGCUCCACCAGCGGGGGGAGCUCUGAUGUCACCACCCCAGACAGUGAGCGACCAGCUCAGGCCCUCCUCCGGGAAUAUGCUCUUCAUACAGACACGGCUACCGGCCUCCUGAUUCGAUGCAUCCACCUGGUCACCCAGAGGCUCAACUCGCAGUGGAGGCCCGACAUGAGCAUCUCACUGGCAGCUCUGGAGCUACUGGCCGGCCUGGCUAAGGUGAAGGUCAACGUCGAGUCCUCGGACAGGAAGCGUGCCGUCAGCUCCGUGUGCGGUUACAUCGUGUACCAAUGCAGCCGGCCCGCACCCCUGCACUCCCGGGACCUGCACUCCAUGAUCGUGGCGGCCUUCCAGUGCCUGUGCGUGUGGCUGACAGAGCAUCCCGACUUGCUGGAUGAAAAGGACUGCUUGAUAGAGGUGCUGGAGAUCGUAGAGCUGGGUAUAUCGGGGAGUAAAUCAAAAACCGGUGACCAGGAAGUGAGGUACAAGGGUGAUAAGGAGCACAACCCGGCCUCCAUGAGGGUCAAAGAUGCGGCAGAGGCCACGCUGUCAUGUAUCAUGCAGGUCCUGGGUACGUUCCCCACCCCGAGCGGCCCAGCAUCCCCCUGCAGCCUGCUAAACGAGGACACCUUGAUCAAGUACUCCACUGGCAGGAGCAACUUCCGUUACUUCAUUCUGGAUAAUUCUGUCAUCCUAGCAAUGCUGGAGCAGCCUCUGGGGAAUGAACAGAACCCCUGCCCGUCCCUGACUAUGCUGAUUCGCGGGAUGUCUGGGAGACACGCCUGGACCAUGCAGCUCUUCCACCAGCCCAGAGGGGCCCGAGCCAAUCAGAAGCAGGCGUUUGUCCCCGAGGGCCGGCCCACACCCAAAAAUGACGUUGGCAUUCGGUUCAACGUUAAGCAUAGACCUUUUCCAGAAGAAGUGGACAAAAUUCCAUUCGUUAAAGCUGACCUCAGCAUCCCGGACCUACAUGACAUUGUAAAUAAGGAGCUGGAGUUGCACCACGACAAGCUGCGGAAUGUGAUGGAGAAGCAGGUGGAGUACGAGGCCAUUCUGGAACGCCAUAGCGAGGAGAUCUGGAAGAAAAAGCCCUUCCCAGACCCGCUGGUGGACUGCAGGCCGCCCCCCUCUUCGCAGGAGUUCCAGAGCGCCCGCCUCUUCCUCUCUCACUUCGGUUUCCUGUCCCUGGAAGCCCUGAAGGAGCCAGGCAACAGCCGACUGCCCCCUCACCUUAUUGCCCUGGAGUCCUCCCAGCCCAGCUUCUUUGAAGACAUCAGAUACCUGGACCUGCUCCCCUGCCGGCCCUUUGACACAGCUUUCAUCUUCUACAUGAAAGCGCGGCAGAAGAGCUGCCAGGAGAUCUUGAAGAACGUAGAGUCCUCCACCAACGUCCAGCAGCACUUUGUGGAGUUCUUGUUGUCUCUGGGCUGGCCCGUGGAGGUGGGCACGCACCCGGGCUGGACAGGCAGCGCAUACACCAGCUGGUCCAUCAACACCUGCAGCGGCGCCGAAUUCCAGCGGCGUGAUGAAGCAGUUGUUUUGGGCGACACGGGUGGCGGCGUCUUCAACGGCGAGAAGAGAGUCCUGUACUACGCCGACGCCCUGACGGAAAUCGCCUUCGUCGUCCCCUCGUUAAUGGACUCUUCUUCUGAAUCACCAGAGAACAGUCUGCCUACCAAAGAGGCUACGUCUCAGAUGGAUCUACUGCCCAGCAUGCUGAAGCAGGCCAGCCUGAAGCUGGAGCUGUUCCCAGACCAGUCAGAGAACAUUGCUCCCGCCCAAAGGAGUCCCACCGUGAAGGCCAGGAAAGUGACCCCAGGAAGGUCGCUCCCCCCCCUGGGGCCGGAGACGAAAGUGCUGGUUGUCUGGGUCGAGCGUUACGAUGACAUUGAAAACUUCCCUCUUUCAGAGCUCCUGAUUGAGACCAGCACAGGGCUGGAGACCCAUACUACAAACAGCAGUACUUCUUGCAGGUCUGUCACAUCAGAGAAGGACGUGCUGGUCAUUUUCAUCCAUCCUCUGAAGACAGGCUUGUUCCGCAUCAGGCUGCAUGGCGCUGUGGGAAAGUUCAACAUGGUGGUUCCCCUGGUGGACGGGAUGGUGGUCAGCAGGCGGUCUUUAGGGUUCUUGGUGAGACAGACAGUAAUAAACGCUUGCAGACGAAAGAGGCUGGAGAGCGACUCCUACAGCCCACCUCACGUGCGGAGAAAGCAGAAGAUUGCGGAGAUCGCCAACCGAUACCGGAACAAGCAGCUGGAGCCCGAGUUUUACACGUCACUUUUCCAGGAAGUGGGCGGGGGGAAGAGCAGCCAAUGAGCUGCAGAUACCAGGAAGAUAACUGGGUGCAUUCUUUGCAUUUCUAUGCCAGUUUGUUUCUUUAUACCAGCAUUUUGGUAGCCUUUUGCUGUAUGAAUAAAAUCUCCCAGAAGGAUCAGCAGCCUCAGAAGCUCCGCUCCCCACUGAGGACGGAUGCAGCCACGGACAGAACUGUAUUUACAAGCAGAGCAUCCUCCCAAAUAAGCAGAGGGAACCAGAGAGGCAUAGAGCAGGGUGCUUUUGUCACUAACAGUGCAAGUGCUUGUGACACUGGUGUCCAGACGUGAGUUCAAAACCAAACAGCUUAGCUAAAGGUGGAGAGGUCCACCAGUCUUUUUUUUUUUCCAUGAAACAACAACAACAUUAUAUAGACAAUGUUUUAGCUGUCUAAUUCUGCCCUGACAUAUUUAAAAUUAUUAUUUUAUGUAUUACAACCUUUUUUGGGAUAUUAGUUUCUUUUUUAGACAUCAUUGAAUGUGAAAAUGUAGUUUAUUCUAAUUAAUACAAAAAAUCCAUUAUAGAAUUAUUUAUUAAUAUUAAAAAUAAGAUUUAGCACAUGAGUAUAGUCCACUACUAUACUAAUAGGCUAUUUUAAUGCUGCACUACACUGUAGGUAUAAAUAACAUUACAUUGUAAUAGUUCUCCUUUCAUCCGGAAAUGAGAGAAAUCUUGUUUUUUUGACAUCUUAUAAUAUUUCUGUCUUUUGAUAAAAUCUCAGGCAGUUUGUUGUGUUCUUUAUGCAUUUAUUUCACCUGGAAAUUACUUCUAUAGAUAUUAACCAGCUGACCUCCGUUUUGGGCAUUUGCGUUGUAUCCCCCCCCCCACCCCCCAUCUUCAUUACAGUCUCCUGUUCCUUAACAUAUACUGUCCUACUUUAAAAAUAAAAAAAUGUAGCUUUAAAACUCUGUUACUGUCCCAGUAGAAAUAACAGUUCUUUUUAAUAAUAAUGAUUUUGAACUUAUGCUACUGUAGAUUUUUUGAAAUUGUUUUGUGUUUGCUUAAAAGCCAAAAUGACAUUACUUCUUGCCUGAGUCACUAGUUCAUUUCGGAGUGUCUGUUCUACCAAGGCGGUUGGGCUGGGUUUCCUGUAAUGCCUGAGAAAAGAAUUUGCAAACAGGCAGAUUGUUCCAAUGCUGUUCUAAGCUUUCCAACCUAUGGGCGUCGUCUUCCCCAUUUAAGGGCUGGCAUGCUGCUUGUCACAUCUUUCUGAGUAAAAGAUCAUUUCCAUCUUGUUUCAAUCAUUAGUCUCUUAAGGGAAAAUCCCAGUUCUAAUGUUGCUGGACAUUUCAGUUACAGUUUUUCUUACUGAAAUAUGUAAGUGAUGCAGAAAUAUCAGCAGGCUUCAUGAAUUCGCAGGUGUAUGAGAGCUUAGAAUUUCUUUAAGAAGAUAACCUGAUUUUAAUUUUAACUUGAACCGUUUUGGUCCCUGUAUGUUUGUUUAUUUCUUAUUGUGUUUCAAGUUAAAAUGAAUUCUGCCAAACUUUUCUUGCUCCUUUGCCUUGCAGUUUGGUUAUGGGUUCAUAGUAAAUUAGUGUUUUGCUACUUUUUUAUAUUUAUCAAGGUUAUUCAUUCUAGAUGUUUAGUUCGUUUAUGACUGAAAUGUGACAGAUUCAGGCCUUUUGUUUGUUUUUUUAAAUACAUCAUUCAGUUUAGGUUCUUUUCCAUGCUCCAGAGUCUGUGGAAGGUUAAAUAACAAAAGCCAUUGUGUGUUGUACAACCUUGGUUCAGCACAUUGUCUAAAUUAGAUUUUUUAAAAUCUGUUUCUAUGAAAGGAUGUUUUUUUUUGUAAAUAUUUGCAGUUUUUAACUUGAAAUGUAUAAAGCUGGAAGACCAUGUACAUAUAAAGGUGUGAAGUAUGUUUUUCGUCUGUUCUCUUUAUUCUAUAGGAAAAUGCUUGUUUUUAUUUAUGUCAAUUAUAUAUUUAUAAAAUAUAGUGUAGUAUAUUGCAUUUUAUAAUAACGUAUAUAUAAUCAAUACAUAUAAUAUCGAGGAGGUAUAUAUAUCCUAGUAACACAUUGGAUAUUGAAUGUAACAUGAAUUGCAUAAAAAAAAAUUACAUUUCUUAUCACGCCCAA